AUGAGCUUGACGCUGCUUCAAGGCUAUUCCUCUGCAGAAGAAGAUGAUGCAGAGGAGAGAACUAUUGGAGAUUACGAGAACUCCGACGAAGAUGGAGAUCACGGCGUUCAGAGAUACGGAUCUUCGUCUGUCUUCGAUUUCACUGCAUCUCACUCCGCUAAAGACUCUGGCCUUCCUUCCGCUAACGACGUUUUCUCUCAGAUUUCAGGUCCACCGGAGUUUCUAAACAACCACACAGAAGCGGAUGAAGAAGCUUCAGCUAGAGAUGCAGAGCAUGCAGAUCGUAUUAGUCGCAAAAGGAAGAAAGUAAAACCAAAAGGUGUUGUCAUGGAAGCAAAACCUCAGCUAGUAGGAAUCCAUGAGAGAGUAAGAAGCGAUAUCGAUGCACCACCGCCUUCAGAGAGUGGUGAGAAGCGGAUAUCGACUGCAACCAAUCCAAAUGCAGAAGAAGCUGCAGAUCUCUUGAGGAUGUGCCUGCAAUGCGGAGUACCCAAAACAUAUACAAGCGCGAGAGGAAUGGUAUGCCCGGUUUGUGGUGACCGGCCAUUACCAGACUCAGACGGGAAGAAGAAAGGCUCUACGAUCAAAGAUAAAGAGAAGAGCAAACGAAUGAGAGGACAAUCCUCUCACGCUUCUUGGAAAAGUGAAACCGAGAUGCAACUUAGGCAAACUUUCGAUUAA